AUGCGCUCAGAGCAGUCUUCAAAACUUUCUGACAUUUCAAAGUUGAUUAUUGAGCUACGUACAAGGGGUAUAAAGCUAGAACAUUACAAUAGUCUCUUCACCGUGGACGACAUUGCGUCGAUUCAAACUCGAAUAUCUAAAUUAUCUACAUCACAGAAAGAUGCUGCCAAGGAGCACAUAAUUAUAUCAAGCCUGAGCUUCGAUAGUCGGGCUACACGACACUGUUCUAUAAAAGAAGCCCACAAAAAGACAUUAAGCUGGGUGUUUGAAGAUACACAGGCAAGCAGUUCUCGGGUGGGAUCCGCCUCAGGCAACUUAAUCCGAUGGCUUAAGAAUCCGGAGGGCAUAUUUUGGGUUUCUGGAAAACCGGGUUCGGGGAAAUCGACUCUUAUGAAAUACAUAUCCGACCAUCCCACUACUAUUGAGACCUUUUCCCAAUGGGCAUAUCCCGAUCCUGUUAUCGUAGCUCGCCACUAUUUCUGGAGUGCCGGUACUUCAAUGCAGAAGUCUUACCAGGGGUUACUUCAGACAUUACUAUAUGAUAUAUUCCGUCAGAUUCCCGACAUUAUCGAGACUACCUGUACUGAACGAUGGUCUAAAUCGGCGGAAGCAAUGAACCACGAGUUUUGGACCCUACCAGAGCUUAAUCGAGUUCUUCAACGGAUUACUGACCGAAGCGAUCUUGGUGUGAAGUUUUGUUUUUUCGUGGAUGGGUUGGAUGAGUAUGAGGGUGAUCAUCUUGACUUCUGCCAAAUGCUGCGGGAGCUCUCUAAGUCACCAUAUGUCAAGCUAUGCGUGUCUAGUCGGCCUUGGAAUAUAUUUGAAGAUUCAUUUGGGCGAGACGAAGCUCGCAAGCUUUAUAUGCACGACUUCACAAGACCCGACAUUAGAUCGUACGUUGAAAGCCGAUUGCGAGAGCACCCCAGGUGGGAAGAAGUUGACGCAGAGGCCGAAGAUACUAAUUGGCUAAUCGAAAAGAUCACGGAACGAGCAGCCGGCGUGUUCUUAUGGGUAUUCUUAGUUACAAGGGAAUUACGGAAUGGCCUUACUGAGUAUGAUAGUUUCUCGGAUAUGCGAAGGCGACUUAACAACAUCCCAUCGGACUUAGAAGUCUUCUUCAGGCAGAUUCUUGAUUCGGUAGAGCCUUUCUAUCACCAGAAACUAGCAACAACUUUGCGGAUAGCUCUAGCGACGAGACAACCUGCUUCAUUUCUCAUCUACAGCUUCCACGAUGACGAAGAUGAGGACCCAGAUUAUGCACUGAAGGUCCCAAUAGAGCCCCUAAGCGCACAAAGGAUUGAAACUAGGAAGAAAAAAAUAUCUCGUCGUCUUAAUGGAAGAUGUCGUGGCCUCUUGGAAUUUAAUCCGAAUAGCGGUUAUGUCGAAUUCUUGCACCGGACAGUAAUGGAUUAUCUCCGCACUCAAAGCAUGUCUAUAUAUCUCGAGUCAAAGUCACCGCCCGGAUUCAUUCCCAUCCUUUCCCUCUUGAAAUCCUCCGUGGCUUACAUUAAGAGCACUAAAUUUCCCGAGUCUAUCGACCGCAAACAAUUCGCUACGUAUACCCCAUCUAAGCUAAUGUUUACACUGAAAGAGGCUCUUGCGUACGCGAAGCAGCUUGGAGAGAGCACUAUCGCUUUCGAGUAUAUCGAAGAAUUGGAGAAUUCUAUCCUAGACAUGCACCGAAAGGGCCAAGCCAAAUUCAAUUGGUUGCAUAAAGCACCAGCAAACGAACGCGAAGACGAUCCUAGCAAUGAUGAUAUAAGACAGCUCGAGAACGAAGAGCACCUCAGACAUGAACGGAAACCCAAGGAUAUACAGCAACGCAAACCCGUCGUGUGGCUUGAGCAGAAGCAGGAGGUCGAAGAUGAACAACUACUUGAGAAUAGACAACGGCCUGGGAGUGAGCAGCAGUACUCGCUACAGACUUUGCUACCUAACAACCUGAGCCAUGAACAGUUUCAGAUAAAUCUCAGCAAAUACCCGAGCUACAUCCGUGAUGUAUAUCAACGUGCGGAAAGGGAGCGCUUUGAUGGUAUACCCAAUAAACUCAAGCUACAGAAGGAGCCAUAUAUUGAGAAGAAUGAUUUGAUAUAUCUCGACCAAUGGAUGCAGAAGCGUGGCACUCCUCUGGAUAAAGGCAAACAUUUACAAAAUAAGGCGCGUAUCGAACAAAAUACCAAUGAAAACAUCAGAAGAGUCACCUUGAAAGCCUUUCGAGAAUAUAAGAACAACAGAGAAGUUGUUGCGGCUAUGGAUAUUUUGAAGGACGGACUAGAGGGUGUUGGGUCUUCAAGAGCAUCCCUUAUACUUUCAGUCGCGUUCCCUGACUCUCUACCGUUCUUCUCUAGAGGGCUUUAUCGAUGGACUCACUGGGAUGAGAGGAGUGGUUGGGCGCAAGACUUCAAGUGGACACCAGAUAAAUAUCACAGUGUGCUCAACCAUGUAUCGUCCUUGGUUGAAAGUCACUCCGUAGAUGGCAACAGUAUACAAGCUGUUGAUGUCGAAAAAGUUGCAUUUGUGUUGGAGCACGAGAGUUGUAUCACUGGUUUUCAAAUCGACAGUAUCGUGGAUGACCUUAUUGACAGGACUGAGAUCACAGGUCAUGGGCGUGCAAAUGUGUACAAAGUUGAUAGGAGUGCAAUAGAUGGGAGCCAAGGUGUCAUUGCACUGAAACAAAUCUACAAGACGAAAGAUGUUACAGUUGCAAGGAGCAGAUUUCUUGCAGAAGUGACGUCUUCAUAUCACCUAUCAAAGCUAUCGCCGGAACACUUCGUUGAAUUCAUUGGGUGGAAUGAGGACCGAAAUAGUCUCUUCAUCGCAAUGGAAUAUAUUGAGCUUGGCGACUUAGAACAAUGCAUUGGUGCUAGUCGCUGGGUCGAGAAAGACAUAAAGGAAACUACAAGGCAGAUAUUAGAGGGGCUAGAUAUCAUGCAUCGAGAAGGUAUUGCUCAUCGAGAUCUCAAGCCUCAGAACAUUCUUGUCGUCUCAAUGAAACCGAGCAACGUAAAGGUCAAGAUUGCUGACUUUGGUCUCUCGAAACGACUUUCUAAUAGGAAGACCUCGGUUCUUGCCACUAGGGGGAUCGGCACAGCUGGUUACAAAGCCCCAGAAGUUGUACAGCAGUGGUAUUCAGAAGAUUCGGACCAAGAUCAGGACCAUUAUUCUCGGCACUCAUACACAUUCAAGGCCGACAUCUGGUCUGUAGGUUGCAUUAUAUUCAGGAUGGUUUCGUCAUCACAAGUCAAAAUGCAUAUCACCGUGAACGUGAACAAUCCGGACGUCGAAGCUCAAGAGCUUCAACUAAUAAACCUCGAUGUCCCUCCCGAUAUGACCUUAGCCGACCUCCGAAGCUCCAUUGAAGCCGAGGGAAUACCUGGCCCGUCGCAAAACAUCUACCACAACGGCCAGCUUAUCACUGAUAAUUCCAAGACGUUGCAAGAGCUAGACAUUUCCGAUGGAGACAUGUUGGCACUUCACGUGCGGGACAUGAGAGGCAACACUGGCGUUGCGCCUGCUCACCGCGAGCCACAGAGACGACAGCCUGCUCCUGUAGCCCAAGACCCGGAGCUCAUCCGCUUGCAAGUCCUCGGUGAUUCUCGACUAAGAGGCGAACUCGAACGAGCAAACCCCCAGCUAGCAGCCGCCCUCGAGAACCCUCAGAGAUUCGCCCAGAUCUUCCGUCAGAGCGCAGACCAGCAGGAGGAGGCACGCCGAGCACGUAUGCGGGAGAUUGAGGCCCUAAACAAUGAUGAGUUUAAUCCCGAGUCCCAGGCCAAGAUUGAAGACAUGAUUCGCCAGCAAGGUGUUAUGGAGAAUCUCCAAAAUGCUAUGGAGUAUAACCCCGAAUCUUUCGGUCGCGUGCAUCUCCUUUACGUCGACGUCAAAGUCAAUGGUGUGAAGGUCAAGGCCUUGGUCGACUCUGGCGCCCAAGCUACAAUCAUGUCCCCGACAUGUGCCGAGGCAUGCAACAUCAUGCGCCUUGUCGACCGACGGUUUGCUGGAGUAGCUCGUGGGGUUGGAACUGCAAAUAUUAUAGGUCGUGUUCACUACACCAUGCUACAACUGGGCACGAAGCACCUCGCGGCCGCAUUCACGGUCAUGGAGGGCAAGUCAGUUGACCUGCUACUCGGUCUAGACAUUCUUAAAGGUCACCAAGCAACUAUCGAUCUUGUACGCAACAAGCUUAUCAUCCAAGGGGAGGAGGUAGAGUUCCUCGGCGAAUCAGACAUCCCUAAGGAAACCGAAGAGGCGGUUAAUCAGGAACCAACCGUUCAGGGCCCUGGCGGUACGACUAUUGGUGCCCGCUCAGGUGCCGUUACUGGUCCCCAAGUCUCGUCCGCAGGCCCUUCUGCCCCUAGCACAUCACGACCUGCGGCUCCGGUGGCCCGCCCCGCGCAACCACCAGCUCAACCUCAGGUGCAGCCUCAAAGAACGUUCCCCGAAAACGACAUCAACACACUAGUAGCGCUUGGUUGGGAUAGGCAGGCUGCGAUUAAUGCUUUGGAAGCUACAGGUGGCAACGUCGAAUUCGCCGCGUCCCUCCUUUUCAACAACUAA